UGACCUUUGCAAUAUUCCCCAGGAUCAUUAUAGUCAGAAUUCAGAUUCUUGCCCAUUGGUUCAUACUGUUGAGCAUCUCACCGUUUCCUAGGGUCAUGUGAUCAACUUUUGCAACCUUCUGACCGAUGUGGGAGCCAGAUUCACUUAACAACCAGAUUAAAGGGAAGCCGAUAUACUGAAGCAGCAGUAAUCCACACCAGUGGAAAAAUAACUUUCCCAGGGAAAAAGAAAAGCUGCAACGCCUGUGGCCAGCCACUGAAGAAUGGCCAGUGAGAUUCAAGAACCAUUCCUGGAUAGCUCCUGUUCUGGCCCUGCGGAAGAUAGGGAAUCGGAGGGUGGCAUUGUGACUAAACAUCAGGACUCAGAUAGCGAUCAGAGCGAGCCUAAGAUGGUUGACAAAUGUUUGGGUGGGGAUGCCGAACCUUUGGAAAUGCCAGCACAGCCUGCUGAUCCAUGCCAGGUCGCAAAAAUGAAAGUGAAACAUGAAGAGGAGCCAAAGAAUGAGGCAGCCUUGGCGCCUCCUCCUGUGGAGGUAUCUGUCGCUGUUCAAGUGCCACCUUUGAACAAAGGAAAGGGAGCAAAACGGAUGAUGGAAGAUGAUGCUGAAGCUUUUAAAGAAAUGCCUGAUGUCUGCCAGGAAGCCAGAGAGCCAAGAAGGGCUAUGCUGCUGCCUGACCUCUUUGGGGAAGCCCAGGAAGCACACAGCAGUUUGGAUGUCAGCCGGGCGGGAGGCUGCUCAAAGGUGGAACAGGCCGUUCCGUGCUUGCCCAACAUGGUCUCAGAAAAUCAGCGCAAACGCUUUCGAGGUUUCGCCUAUAAAGAGACUGAAGGUCCCCAAGUGGCUUAUGAGCGACUCCAGGAGUUGUUGUUCCAGUGGUUGAAUCCAGAGUCCCACAGCAAAGAGGAAAUCAUUGAGCAGCUAGUCCUCGAGCAGUUCCUCAACCUCCUCCCCGAGGAUGUGCAGAAAUGGGUCCGGGAGCGUCAUCCGGAAAAUGGAGAUGAAGCUGUCGCCCUGGCAGAAGACUACCAGUUUCUGCAUCCUGAGCCUGGACGGCAACCCUACCCAGAGAGAGCAAGGCAGCGGUCUUCAGCAAGAAGUUGGCUGCGCUGAAGUCUCAGGAACAGGCAGGCAGGCAGGAAGGGCUAUUUGUAAGGGAAGGGACCCUUAGGGGUAGAAAGUCUGGUCGGUUGAUGGCUACUCUGCUCAGAGCUUUGCUGCUGCUCAAAGCUAAAGAGACAUGAUGAUUUCGGGCAGCUAUUGUAUUCCUUGUACACCAAGUUCUGGGUGAUGCUUUGCAUGACAAUAAAAGGCUGCUCUAUUCCAAAAUGUA